GCCCGCGGGAUUUGAAUCGCGCGACCGUUCGCGUGGGUCCGUGGCGGCGCUAUGGGGGCUCCUGCGUUGCCCCCGGCCUGGCAGCUCUACCUCAAGGAUCACCGCAUCUCUACGUUCAAAAACUGGCCGUUCCUUGAGGGCUGCGCCUGUACCCCAGAACGGAUGGCCGAGGCUGGCUUCAUCCACUGCCCCACCGAGAACGAGCCCGAUUUGGCCCAGUGUUUCUUCUGCUUCAAGGAGCUGGAAGGCUGGGAGCCAGAUGACAACCCCAUAGAGGAACAUAAGAAGCAUUCAUCUGGGUGUGCAUUUCUCACUAUCAAGAAGCAGUUUGAAGAAUUAACCCUCAGCGAAUUUUUGAAGCUGGACAAAGAAAGAGCCAAGAACAAAAUUGCAAAGGAGACCAACAGCAAGCAGAAAGAAUUUGAAGAAACUGCCAAGAAAGUCCGCUUCACCAUUGAGCAGCUGGCUGCCUUGGACUGAACCCUUGCUGGGGAAGCUGGUCCGAGUGACAUGCCCUACCCAAACCACAUUCUCCAGCUUUCAGCCUUGCUCAGGACCCCUGACGGUCUCAUAGGAAAGCAGAACACUGAUACUUUGAAACUGGAUAUUUAACAUUACUUGCUUGAAAGUGGCCUUAACCUGUGCUGCUGGUGUGGUCACAGUCAUCCUUUGUCUAUGUGGCUUCUCUGCUGAGUCCUGGACUGAUCUCAGGAGGAGAGGAAGGGGGAGCAGGGCAGCGUCCCUGUGAUGGGACCUGAUUUGG